AUGACUGAGACUAUUGAUUGGAAAAAGAAAUACGAAGAAAUGGAGAAAAACUAUAAAGAUAUGGAAUCAAUACGCAUUCAUAGCGUUAUUGCUGAUAUUGACGAUUUACAAAGUAAAAUUGAAGAACAUGAAAGGGUAAACACAGAAAUUAGAAACGAACUUGAACAAGAAAAUGAACAAAUAAAGGCAAAAAUACGUGAAGUUAAUCGAAUGAAAAAAGAAAUUGACGAAAUUAAUUCUAAAAUUGCUUUAGUAAAGAAAUCCAUUCAUGAUGUAAAUCCAGUAUUAGAAGUUUUAGCUGGAUACAGUAAGUUUAACAUUGAUAUUCAGGAAAAGAACUACUUUAUUAUUAGAAUUAAUACAAAAAUUUGCUUUUCUUUGAAAAGCUUACAAGAACUUGAGUAUCAACCUAUUCAAGGUCUCGAUCAAAUUCCAAAUAAAUCUCUUCGCGCCAGUUGUCAGCUUAAUUUUAGACAAUUACCAAAACUUUGCGAUCAGGUUUUGCAAUACAGCGAGCAACCAUCUAAUUGA